GUCGAGCGCACCCAGCGGCACUCCCCGUCCGGCCGCUGGAGCCGGGUCCUGCCCGGGCCGAGGACAUGGCUGCUGCUUUCCCCGCUGGGGACUCAGACAGCAUCGAAGGGCACGUGGGAUCGACGCCGGAGCCGAGACACGCGAGCUGGCCGUGUACCAUGCGAGGAUGUGCCCACGCCCUUGGUGACCUGCCUGCCCCUGGCCCCGCUGCCUGUCCCGCACGGCGCCAUGGGAGGAUGCUUCUCCAAGCCCAAACCAGUUGAAGUGAAAAUUGAAGUUGUGAUACCUGAGAAGGAGAGAAGCAAGGAGGAGAUGUCACCCAAUGGGAAAGCCAGCCCCCUGAUCUACAAAGUCAAUGGAACUGCCCGGCACUACCACCUCGAGGAACAUCCAAUUGCCAGCAAUCCCUACCACAACCCAAAGGACAUGGUGGAAGCAUCUGUUUGCCAUGUGAAGGACCUGGAGAAUGGACAGAUGAGGGAAGUGGACCUCGGCUGUGGGAAGGCUCUGCUCAUCAAGGAGAGUGGUGAGUUCCACGCCGUGGGACACAAGUGUCCCCACUAUGGGGCUCCACUGGUCAAAGGGGUUUUGUCCAAAGGAAGAGUCCGCUGUCCCUGGCAUGGAGCUUGCUUCAACAUCGGCACAGGUGACAUUGAGGACUUUCCCGGCUUGGAUAGCUUACCCAGGUUCCAGGUGAAGAUUGAGAAGGAGAAGGUGUACAUCCGAGCAAGCAAGCAGGCUCUUCAGACACAGAAGAGGACAAAGAUGAUGGCAAAGUGCAUCUCCUUGAGCAACUACAACCUGAGCAGUACCAACGUGCUGAUCAUCGGUGCAGGGGCAGCUGGGCUGGUCUGUGCAGAGACCUUGCGCCAGGAAGGUUUCUCUGACCGGAUUGUGAUGUGCACAAUGGACAGACACUUGCCUUACGACAGACCAAAGCUCAGUAAGUCAAUGGAUUCCCACCCUGAGCAGAUUGCCCUGCGCCCCAAGGAGUUCUUCUGCACCUAUGACAUCGAAGUCCUGACUGAAAUGCAGGUUGCGGCUGUGGAUAUCAAGAGCAAGAUAGCCGUGUUCAAAGAUGGGUUUAAGAUGGAAUACAACAAGCUGCUGAUAGCGACUGGAAACAUGCCCAAAGCUCUCAGCUGCAAAGGCAAGGAGAUGGAAAAUGUUUUCAACAUCCGGACACCCGAAGAUGCCAACCGUGUGGUAAAGCUGGCCACGAGCAAGAACGUGGUUAUCGUGGGAGCAUCCUUCCUGGGGAUGGAGGUGGCUGCCUACCUCGCAGAGAGGGCCCACUCGGUGUCCCUGGUGGAGCUGGAAGAAGUCCCCUUCAAGAAGUUCUUUGGGGAGAGGGUUGGCCGUGCUGUCAUGAAGAUGUUCGAGAGCAACAGAGUGAAGUUCUACAUGCAGACAGAAGUGUCAGAGCUGCGGGAGCAGGAGGGGAAGCUCAAGGAGGUUGUGCUGAAGAGUGGGAAGGUCCUGCGUGCCGACGUGUGUGUUGUUGGUGUUGGUGCAGUUCCAGCAACGGGCUUCCUCAAGCAGAGUGGCAUCAAUAUCGACUCCAAGGGCUUCAUUGUGGUCAACAAGAUGAUGCAGACCAACAUCCCCGGGGUCUUUGCUGCUGGAGACGCUGUCACGUUUCCGUUGGCCUUGAGGAAUAACAAGAAGGUGAACGUCCCCCACUGGCAGAUGGCCCACAUGCAUGGCCGUAUUGCUGCACUGAACAUGCUGGCCCAUGGCACAGAGAUCAGCACCGUCCCAUAUUUGUGGACUGCUAUGUUUGGGAAGAGCAUCCGGUAUGCAGGCCAUGCGGAAGGAUUCGAUGAUGUUGUCAUUCAGGGAGAUUUAGAUGAACUGAAGUUUGUGGCAUUUUAUACCAAGAGCGAUGAGGUGGUGGCUGUGGCCAGCAUGAACUACGACCCGAUUGUCUCCAAGGUGGCUGAGGUCCUGGCUGCUGGCAGGACCAUCCGGAAGCGCGAUGUGGAGCUGUUUGUCCGUCAUGGCAAAACCGGAGACAUGUCCUGGCUAACAGGGAAAGGCUCCUAAUACUGCUGGUGGCUGUGCUGUCCUGAUGCUGCACUCGCUGUGGGGAGACAGGACAGCAGCUCCACAACCCGGUGGGAAACCCAUGGCUCAGCCAUUUCCCUUUGAGACCUGGAUGAACCCAUGCCUGACACUGUGCACUGACCUUCCCAGGAGGACCUCCCAUGGCACCUCUGCCCCGGUGCUUGCUGGGCUAGGGCUCUGUUAUUGCAAUUCCCGUGGGACUGGAAAAGCAGCCUCAGAGACUGUGGGGUUUGGCCGUGGCAAUGGGCAUUGGUGCCGCGUGGCUCCAGAUGCUGCCAUUGGGCUGAGGGUCUCCAGGUGGAUCUGCCCCAUGCACGUCCCUCACCUCUGUAAGCAGCAUGAGUGCCUUUGGGUGCUCCUGUGCUUUCAUGCAUGAUGCUCCUUCCCGAAUUCUCUUCGCUCCCAGCACAGUUCUGAUGUGCAUCCCCACAGAGCCUGACAUCUGCUCCCUCCUUGCGUGGCUGCAGGGUUUGCCACGGCUCUGCCUGUGCUCACCCACUCUAGGGGGCAUCUGGGUGGGCCAGGAGGUGGGGUCACACCGGGUGGUCUCUGUUCAGCCUGUGAUUGGGUGGUCCAGGCUGAUCCUGCCCAGUCUCCCCCAGCAGAGGUGGGUCCCUGCCCAUGCUGAGGGCUCUGGAGCUCAUUGGUCCCAUCCCAGCACCUGCAGCUCUUGGUCCACCCCCAGGGUGUGGAGUUGGAGUCCCUGGAGAGCUGGGAAAGCAGCUCAGCUGCAGCCUUGGACUUGGUGGCCACCCUUCCAGCCAGCCUUGGGAUGUCUCUCCUUGAUGACAUCAUGGGAUUGGUGCUGCUGCUGCUGAGGCGU